AUGGCGGCCUGGCGGUUAAGUUCGUGCGCUCGCCGCCUUUCCGCGAUUCGAGGCCUCCAGGCUGCCCGGCUCCGCCGGAAAUCCAGCUCCUCCAAGGCUGUGACCACCCGGCCUGCUGUGGCAAAAGAGAAUCAGGAAGAGCUGACCGUGCACUGGAUGGAGGACCCAGAUCUCCCCGACAAAAACGUGUACGCGAAGAACCCCGACUUCCACGGCUACUGCGAGGAGGAUCCCGAGGUGGACGUCUGGAAUAUGCACGCCGUCUUCUUCUUCGGUUUCUCCGUCCUGGUCUUCGGCAGCGCCUUUGUGGCUUAUGUGCCAGACCACAGGAUGACUGAGUGGGCCGGCCGGGAGGCUGGGAGGCUGGUGAAAUACCGAGAAGCCAAUGGCCUCCCCAUCAUGGAGUCCAACUAUUUUGACCCCAGCAAGCUCCAACUGCCGGAAGAGGACUGA